CAACGAACAGGAAGCAAUUAAAGUUUAUUCGAGUGCCAUUUGUAACGCAUCUUUGUGAUUCAAUGGGAAAAAAAGUAUAGUGGCAGUUUAUGUUUACAUUUAAAAAUAUAAAUCAAACGAAGACAAAUUCUAUAUCAUAGUGGCCAAUAUAGGAUGAAAAAAUAUGAAACUCGGGCCACCUUGGUAUAAGUCGGGUGACUGUCCGAUAGGUCUGUUUUGUUUUUGUCCUCAGGCUAAACAUACUUGUUUGACGACUUCUGCCUGUUUUCGUUGGCUCGUGACGUGGGGAACAAAUCCGCGUGCAUGGCGCCUCACCUGCUGCAAGGGACAAGGCGUAUAUAUGGUGUCUUUGUCUAAGCGUAUUCUAGCCUGUAGUACAUGUAUAUUCUUGUGUAUUUAUUUUGCCAUUUAGUAAAGCAAUUAUUAGUAAACUCAUGGAGUCAUUUUCGAAAUUAGUCUUUUAUUCUUAAAAAUGUUGUUUGCUUAAACCAACAUUAAAAAUAUUCACAGUCGAUGUGGAGUAAACAUAGCUUGUGGUUCGUUGGAGAAUGUUUUCACUCGGAACAACAACUAUAAGGUCCUGAAUACGUUUUACUCUUUGCGCCGAUUUUGAAACAAAACCUAAAAGGUAAAUCUAUGGCAUCUAUAACGACGGUGAACAUUGAAACUAAUUCCUCCUCGAACGAACAAUCUUGUAAUCAGUGCAAUACCCAGUUAUGUACAUCAUACGCCCUUGGAGUAUUAGCCUGUGUUCUGAUCAUGGGCGGAAUCUUUCUAGCCUUCUACCGGUUCGAUUAUAUGUGGCUAAUUGUAUCUGCGGCCGGCGCAUUUUUGGUUCUUGUUGGAUCAGUACUUCACUUCUGUGGUUCCAAGACCAACGAUAAGAAGCAACAGAAGUUGAAGUCAAGAAGACCUCCUGUGAAGCAUAACCAGAGUCUCACAGAGCAACUGAUUCCAUCAGCGCCCCCACUCGGCAAUACCUGUUCCUCUAGCCAACUUUCUCUCAAUAUGUUACCCCCCUAUUUUCCUCCUUACGACACGAUAUCAGUCACCUCUCAUACACCUGCACCCUCAGCUCCUAUGUUGAAUAUUAAUGGCCAGAAUUAUUUGUUAUUGUCUGUGAAUGGUGACCUGUCUUCAGCUGACACGCAGAGCAUCGUAGCCAGGCUAAGUACAGUCCUCUCUAAUGCUACCCUUGAUUUUCUCAGUGAAAGCACCGGACAAUCCAACUCGAAAUGUGAUCAAUCUGCUAUACAAACUGGAGAUCAGGGUUGUCAAACUGAAACCAACCAAUCUUAUACCGAAGCAAAGCCUCCUUCCAAUCAACAUUCAUUUCUUCAAACUAUUAACGGAGUAAUUUCUCUCCAGUCACAAGAAAAACAGGAAUCUGAAAACCAGACCCGGGACACAAAUGUUUCCAAUACUAACAGACAACCUGAUGACUGUUUUACUGAAAACUUAAAUAAUCAGAAUAUUUCUAGCGGGACGACGGGGACGAACUUUGUCAUUCCCGGUCCCGUCAGUAACAACAACGGUCGAUGUCACGAUUCAACUUCGUGCGACGACCUCAAUGAAGCAAGUAUGGAAGAAACCCAGAGCUUACAUCCUAGCGUGAAUCAACUGCCAUUAGAAUCUGUUCAUGAAAACAGUCGAAUAGAUUCCGUAUUUGCAAAUGAAGACACUACAAGUGAAAGUUUAGAAGCAGAUAGCGAAACCAUUCGUACAGUUUCAGCUUUGAGCGAGGAAUGUUUUUUAGAGAACAGCGAAGAAAAUGGAGAGCAAGUAACUGAAGCAAUAAAUAAUGAAAUCAGUGUUUCAGAAGCCCUGAUUGUUAAUGAUGAAGAAGGUUUCCACAGGAAUCUGGAACAGGAAGACUUGUAUGACGUUCCAAGCCAGUUGAUCAGACCUGUUGAACCGGAUUUUAUAACAAGACCUAACCUAGACAUACGUUGCACGGGUGAACCAGGUCGAAAUACUGAUAAUAGGGGACUUUUAUCUUCAACAGACGUGCCUCAAGAAACUUCAUUCGAACACGGUACCGUUAAUAUAAGUAACGACAUUUUGGAAGAAAAUAUAUUAACUGCUGCUUCACCAUUAACCGUUACCUCGCCAGUUGGUGUUGAACCUGUUACUCCAGUCGCCUUAACGUUUGUGGAAGGUAACAUGGGUGAUACACGUUCUACUGAACCGGUUUCCUCAUGCACUAACCGUUGUGUGCAGGCUAACCAAAAUCAGUCAGAGAGAGAUUCUUCUACAGAAGGUCUAAUUGACACGGAAGGCAAUAGAUAUAUCUCAGAAACUGUUGUUACUAAUGGUCAACUUAUGAGUGAGUAUAUUAUUGAUCAGUCCCAGGGGAUUGGUUUAGACGAAUACGUAGAAUGUUCACUAGAUGGCACUGAUAUUAAUUCCAGUCCUGACAUACUCUAUGCAGCUCCUGUCGAAUCUCUUCUACAGAGUGAUAAUGAGGACGAGAAUCUUAGUGUCCGAGCUUCACCGCCUCCCAGCUACGAAGAGGUAACACAAGAUAUGGAAAUUACUGACACCGCUUAUGACUUAGCUUAUGGAACGAUUUGAGCAUUUUUAAAAUCUGGAAUAUGAUGUUGGACACAUCGUGCAUGAAGCAUGAUUAAUGUGAUAUCCUGAACAUUAUCAUCGAAAAUACUGUGCAUUAAAACGCAGGAGUGUACAUUUGCAGGCCAGAUGAUAUUACUUGGACAAUAUGUGUAUUUCCACGACUUCUAUGUAGUUAUAUACACAUGUACGGAUUAGAAAAAGUUUGACUGCAAAGGCUGUAAGCCUAAAUUAUUUCAUCUUAUAAUUUUCGUUGAUUCAUAGCUAGAGAUAUUUACACUUUUCAAGAACUACACCUUACUGAGGAUUUCGCUAGCUCUUGACAUAAACGUACAUUCCAAGUGGAAAUACGGUAUAAACAAUAUUAGUGCUAAAUCACAGGUCUUAGCUUGUACAAUUCCUAUGGUGUCAUUUUAUAAAAAUAUUGCAUUAAGCUAUUUUGUUGAUUUCGCUUAUUUUUAGGAACACACUAGUAAUCGUAGAUCUUAAACUAUUACCUGGAAAAUAAUUUUACUUGGUUUAUAAGGUGAAUAUACUCAGAUCAAAUGAGAAAGCAAUAAAACUUAACUACGUUGGUCCUAAGUAAUAUUACUUUCACGAAAGGUUUGAAAAAUCGUCUAUUAAGCUGCUCAAUAUAACUGUUGUAGGUAUAUCAAUAAGUCUUAUUCUCGUGAAAUUCUGCUCCUUUUCACCUCAUAAAGUGAAAUUUUAGAAUAUUUUUGGACAAAGCCUAUUUUUGGUGAUCUAAUAUUUAUACUUCAUAAGUGUAUAUUUUGAACUACGUGGUAUUUGUUGUUUUAUACACUGUUUCAUGGUGUGUACAAGUGAUAUGAAAGGAACUUUAAAAAGUCAUUCGUUUUAGGAGCAGCUGGAAGAAUUGACUUCAGACUCUUGUCGUAAGACAUGUGGUAUACAAUUCGUUACUGAAUACAUUUUAGUUUUAGUUUUUUAAAUUGCAUAUUCAAAAUAAACAUGUUACGCAUUAAGUGAUAGCAAGUUUGGCUGAUAUUUAGAUUUUUUGUAUUCGAAAGAAGGAAUGUUUUGUAAUAAAUAGAUUUUCAUUCAA